UAGCUACCUGGCCACUCCUGCUUAGGAACAGGUGUAAGUAGAGCAGAGGCAAGGCGACUGUGGAUAUACAUUCAUAUUCACAUUGUGUACACGGCGGUGCGAAUAUGUCGUUGAUGUGUCACUCGACCGCGCACUCAAUUGACAAACAUUGAAUCUCUCGUGCAGAUAAACCUUGUCUUUUCACGCAUCGUCUGCUGAAUUUACAAACGUGACUAUAAUCAACACCUGUUGCAACUCUACGGUAAAUUCCAUAAAUUGCAAACUGUAAAAAUACGAAGUGUACGUUCGCUCUAACCUCCACUAACCAGCUCCUGCUAUUGGCCAGUCCAGCACCCGGCAAAGGUCCUGACGUUUUUCUGACUUCUCCGACUCACCGCCUCACCUCUGCUGCUGUCACUGCUGAACGCGACCGUCUCCUCCACUCGUCACUGCCAUCUCCUGCCCCUGAGCAUUUGUCAGGUGUGUGAUCUUCCGACGUAAUGGACUCGGAAGUAAAGAAGGCGGCGGGUGCAGAGGCAGACGCUGUUGAGAGGGGAGGGAGUGCCCCCUACCGGCAGAGAAAUGAUGACUUCCGACGCAUCUUUAAACAACUGCCGGAGAACGAGCACCUCGUCGUGGACUACUCGUGUGCGCUGCAGAGAGACAUACUUGUUCACGGACGUCUCUACCUCUCCGAAGGAUGGCUCUGCUUCCACUCCAACAUCUUUCGCUGGGAGACGCUGUUGACAAUUCAGAUGAAGGAGAUUACUGCGGUAACGAAGGAAAGGACAGCGAGGGUCAUUCCCAAUGCCAUUCAGGUGUGCACGCAGAAUGAAAAGUAUUUCUUCUCGUCGUUGGGUGCAAGGGACAGAGCAUUCCUCAUGAUCUUCCGGCUCUGGCAGAACUCCUUGCUUGACAAGACACUGGAUAGUCGGGAGUUCUUGCAGUAUGUGCAACAGGCGUACGGAAGUGACUCAACGCUACACUCGGAAGGAGAUGAACACGCUGUUGGCGAUGAACCUGAGGAAGCCUCAAAUUCAGCCCCUGAACUGAGUCCACGCACUCCUCGCACGGCCGAAACCACGCGCACCGCACUAGCGCCGGUCACCGUACGCUCACCCCGCAGCCCUGACAAUGGGCAGCCCUUGCAAACCGCAGCAUCUCCACGCACACCCCACACUCCCAACACUCCCCACACACCCCACACGCCCGACACACCACACACCCCUUACACGCCCGGCAGCUCACGCCCUGUCCGCGCCGCGGUCACCCCGAACACGCCGAGCUCUUCUGCGCACGCUCCACAUGGGACGCGUACGCCCGACAGGGCUGCCACGCCAGACAUCAGCAUGGGAUCUCCACGAGCGCCACCAACACACCUGGCGUCCACCUCUCCACAUGGCAGCAGAGGAGAUCUCUCGCAGGUGGAUGGUCUGACCAUGUCAAUGUUGGGAAGAGAAAUGACCCCUGAACCACAGAGGCGGGAUUAUCCCUCCCCUGAGCUGGGCCCUGGAACAAAUCCCUCCACGGACGACAGCGAUGCCUCUGAGGGUACCCCUGCAGGUGAUGGUGCGGACAGAAAGCCCCAUACGUUGCCACCGGGCCAGGUGUGCAUCGACCGCGAGGUGUGUGUAGGAACGGAGAAACUCGAAAAGCUGCUGUUCUCCGACUCCUUGUUCAUGCGGCGCUUCCUUCUGGCUCGUAAAAUCACUGAUGUGGUGUGUAAACCAUGGGAGCAGACCAAGCCUGGCACUGAGCAGCGCUCUCUCACCUACACCAUCAACCUCAAUGGCGGACCCUUCACUCCCAAAUCCUCGAGUGCCACCGAGGUGCAGAUUAUGAACAAGGAGUCAUCCGAUUGGUUAGUGGUGGUCUCAGAGGUGGCCACUCACGAUGUCCCUUACAGCGAGUACUUCUUCAACCGCAACCACUUCCUCCUGCAGAGACUCAGCAGCCACACCACCCGUCUGCGGAUCUCAUGGGAGGUGUGCUUCCGUAAGCAACCCUGGGGUCCUGUGAAGGCGCUCAUCGACAAGAGCUCUUCCACCGGCCUCGCUGAGUACUUCGCUCUCCUUGAUUCGGAGUUGUUGCGUGAGGAGGCCAGCAGGCACGCGCAGCCGCACCCAACUGAGCUGAGACAGCGCACACAGAACCGGCGUCGCGACGCCCGCGGAGCCGGGGAUGGUGGCGCCACUUCCAACAACGUACACCAUGCCGCACCACGUGCCAGCCAUGGGGACCGCGGCAAGACCGCCGGUGUUGGCGCCGACACUGGGAUAUCGCGUCUGCUUUUUGUUGUAGCAGUUGUGCUGCUGAUGCUGGUGUGCCUUAAUGCCGUGCUAUUCUACAAGCUCCGAGCACUGGAGCACACCGCACACCGUCUGUCUGCUUGGCAUGCCCUGGGCACACGGGAGAGUGCUGCUGGCAGUGUGGACUGGGAUUGGCUGGAGCUGCACCGAGGAAAGGUCCGCCGUGCCGAGGUUCAGAAAUGGAAUGAAAUCCUGAGAACCAGCCUUGCCGUACUGGACAAGAUGAAGCUGUGGCUCGCUGGACUGCAGAAGGAUUCUCUGAUGAACAACAGCAGUGCAUUGCACACACAAGCUCCAUGAACAUCCUCUGUACAUCCAUACUAUGCACUUCAUAUCAGGGGGACCACACAAGAAUGUGCACCAUCGUGCACUGUUUACACCACGUUUUCCUCAUUUCCCUUGGUUGAUUGUCGUAUUUAUGUUGGUGCCGUGCAGUUGAGAUAUAGUUAUGUAGUGUUGUGUGGGUUUUUGUGGGCUUGCAUGUGGAAGUGGGAGGGGUUAAGUUUUUUGUGUGUAUCAGCACUUUACCAGCAGCAUGUGACACCUCUUGUGCUGUUAUACUGCGUUACUGAUCUUAUUUAAAGUUACACUUUUGUGGCAAC